UCAGGUGCAUCCGAUAUGAUAAGAGAACGCAAAAUGUUCUGUAAAAACGUGCAUAGAUUACGAAUUAUUUUAUCGACCGUGACAGAUUGUAGGAUGUGUAAUUAAAAAUGGAAUCCUACUUUUUUAUCUGAGGCAUAGUACUUUUCGCUCUUGAGAAUUUUUAAUAUCUAUGCCGAAACAAAUGAAAGAGUACUACGUGACACCAACGCUAUUGAAGUUGCCUCCAAAAACUGACUGGUCAUCCUAAAUUGUGAUAAGUUCCAUAAAAGGGUAUAAUAUGUUGUGUCGAGUAUUUCGUGUGCAUCGAUGGACCUUCAAUUACCAAAUUCUUCAACUCAAUCGGAAUCCCCUUUCAGUCAUGCUGGGCCACCUUUAAAGCUUCUGUAUCUUUCAUCCCAAAAAGCGGAAACGCCGAGGACAAGGGCAACGAUCGUGGAGAUCGGUGGUAGGAGCGGUGAGUUAAACGGUUUUUUCUAGAUGCGCGGAGUUUGGAAGGCUUGAUGACGAUAACACGUAAUGACCAGCGACAACGUCAAACGUGUUACAUUCGUUGGCCGAGCAGUUGGGUGAGGUUUGAGGUUGAGCCGGCGUUUACCUCCUUUUCUCCCCUCCAAUAUUCCCACAACGUCGAUGUAACAGCUCGCAACUCGCACGUCAUACAAGAACCACGAAGAGAGUCCGUAUAGUGUCGGAGAACGACAGUCGGGUUGAAGGCGUCACGAGGAUCGGUGGUACCGCUGUAAUAGGUAAAUAAUACGAGGUAAAUCAUUUCGUUAUACUUACGAGUUCGUCGGACGAACCCGGUAAAGAGUAAUCAAAGAAAACAGGAAGUGGAAGAAGAAGAAGGGACGUGAAGUUUGGCGAAGAAGAGGAAGGGUGGUCGCGGGAUUCAGGUGAUGUUGAGGUGACCUUGGAACCCUAGGGCGCUUCGCCGUUGCGUUAUCUUUUCGUCUUUUUUUUCGUUUUUUGUCUUAAUCAAUUCAAUCUCAUCAAUUCGAUUUGCAAUUCCUGAAUCGGGGGCGUUUUGUGACCCGCGAGUGACGGAAUCGUGAGUCGCGUGCGCGUGUGGGACGAACCAAGUGCGGCGUGUUGUUUUUCCUCGAGACCGGUGGCAGCUCCUACCGCAACAGAUAAAAGGAGGAGGACAUUCACGAACAGAAAUCAGUUGAAUCGUUGAAACAUGAGACCGGAGGAAUUAAUGCAGAGUUCUCGGGCGGCGGAUACGAUGUCCGAAACUUCAGAGGGAACUGCGACGACCAGCGUUUCUGGAAAAUCAGAAUUUUACAGCCGUGAAGAACUGAAGGACUUGGCAGCGUCGCUGGGCAUUGCAGAUCCCGAAGAUCUUCAUCAGGACAGAUUCAGAAUCGACAGACGAAAACUUGAGCAAAUGCUAAUCGGUGAUAAUGAGGCGCCCGAAUCUGCUGAAACUUUUUUCCGCAACAUUAUGGGAGAAACGAAUACAAAUAUCACGUGGCCAUGCAGAUUGAAGAUAGGUGCUAAAUCGAAAAAAGAUCCACACAUAAAGGUCGCGGGUCGACAGGAUGACGUAAAAGCAGCGAAGGAAAAGAUUAUGCAAGUCUUGGACACCCGGCAAAGCAAUCGCGUCACGAUGAAGCUAGACGUAAGCUACAACGACCAUUCUCACAUAAUUGGCAAGGGAGGAUUGACCAUAAAAAAAGUAAUGGAAGAAACUCGUUGUCAUAUUCAUUUUCCCGAUAGCAAUCGCAACAACGCUCAGGAAAAAAGUAAUCAAGUUUCGAUAGCUGGUGAAAUGGAUGGGGUGGAAAGAGCGCGUGCCAGAGUCCGCAAUCUCACACCGUUGAUAUUCUCCUUCGAACUGCCGAUCAUGGGGUCAAUGCAAGCACCGCCUGAUUCCACAUCGCCGUACGUUGUGAAAAUUCAAGAAAAAUAUAACGUUCAAGUUAUGUUCAGAACACGACCAAAACUUCAUGCCACUCUAGUAAUUGUCAAGGGAUGCGAGUGGGAAGUAUCUCAAGUCAAGGAAGCGACACUUUUACUCAUUCGCCACAUGUGCGAGAACUUGGCUAAUCAAAUACAAGUUCAGAUGUCGGUCCAGAUCUCCCCGCAGCAUCAUACCAUAGUGCUCGGUAAACAUAGUUGUAAUUUGAAGAUGAUCAUGCAACGCACAGGUACGCAAAUAAUGUUUCCUGAUGCGGGAGACCCCAAUAUUCCGACUUUGAAAAAAAGUAACGUAACCAUCACCGGUGGCGUUCACAACGUCUACCUAGCUCGUCAGCAGUUGAUCGGAUCUCUACCUCUAGUCCUGAUGUUCGACCUUCCAGAGGAUUCUAUGAGCUCUGUAGAUACGGAGAAUAUUUCUCAGCUGAUGCAAUCUCUAGACGUCUUUAUCAACGUUCGUUAUAAGCCAAAACAGAGCACGCUUUCCGUCAUCAUAAAAGGAAUCGAAAGAAAUGCUAGCAACAUUUACGAGGCGAGAAAACAACUGCUUGGACUUGCCGAGCCGAGGGUCCAUGCCGAAAUACCUGCCACAUAUCACGUUCCUAAUGCUACAAAUGUAUUCACAGGGAACGCAAUGUCCAAUGGUUCAAGCAACGUUAAUUCGUUGACAGAAAACUUUCCAAAUCUGUUGACAAUCAACACCGCUAAUGGACCCUACCCAAUGUCCCCCCUCCAGCAUUCUCCUAAUCCUGCUAUGGGGCUCGCCCAGCAGUGGGGACUUCCGCCACUCACUCCAAUGUUUUCACCACUUCCUGCGCAUCAUCACACGACAUUUUCAUACCCUCACCUGAAUCAUUUACUCGCCCAACAACAUUUGAUGCAUAUGGGAGCCAAUAAUCUUCUCCCGCAGCAUCAGGGUAUGGUCAAUACCAGUACUGCUAACAACGUUACUCAGGGGCAUCAUGGUACAGGAUUUAAUGGAACGGGAAAUAACAUGGGCAAUAGCAUGGGUGGUUCUAUGCACUCCAGUGGGUAUCAUACUCUGAAUACAACAUCUCUAGUCGACCACAAGUAUACUAGUGCUUGUUCGUCGUUGAGCAGUUUGGCUAGUUCACUUUCUAGUCCAGCGAUCAGCCCCCGGAACGCCUCACCGGUGAAUCUUCCAGAGCCUGGUCCAAAUUUAGAUUUAUCGAGCAUGCUCUCAGAUCUUUCUGAUCGUCGGGCACCUGGCUGCGAGAAAAAAACUUUGGAAAUGGUAGCCCAGAGUAAUCUGACGCCAUUCGAUUACGAGCAAAAGAAAAUUAUGGGAGUUCAGGCUAUCCAAUCAAAACCUUCUGCAAGUGAUUACAGAGUACCUACUUCCGCAUGGGCUGGACUUGGGCUGAGUCAGACCGUUGCUAUGAUGCAAAGUGAAAAUAAUCAAAAUGGGGAUGCUCCCUUCAGUCCUUCUGAUCUUUGGAACGAACCCACCACUCCAGUUUUCAAUACCACGAUGGAUUUUGGUACCCCAGGGAGCGCGGGUAAAGAACGUAUUGGAAUGGCGUCAAACUACAUGGAUCACACCCCCACGUCCCAAGUUAACAAAAUCGUCUCGCAGCGAUAUUCCGACCUCGCUUCGAUGCUGACCAACAUCGGAUUGGAAAAAUAUAUACGCCUUUUCACAUCUCACGAGGUGGAUAUGGCAACAUUUUCUUCUCUGACUGAAAAGGACCUCUACGAAAUAGGAGUGACGGCAUGGGGCGCUCGGCGCAAAAUAAUGCUUAUGAUUUCCGAAAUCAACAAGCGGUCGAGCCCAUUCUCCGGCAGCGCAGCUCCAGGUGCUGAACGAAAGACUUCGGCCGUUGGCUCAACAUCAGUGAGUAAAUGCGUCUUAGAAAAUUGGUAGAAAUAUUUUCCUACUCGCACUGGUGCGUGGCCGUAAAAUAAUUCACGACUCGCGAAGAAUCCCGUCAAAUGUAGUCUCAUUUAACCCGAAUAACAUGAAAAUGUACGUGUCCGUCUUUUAACGGUUGUAAAGUAAGAAAAAUGUUCAGCGGCAAGAAAAAUUGUCUUUCGUCCCAGCGGGUGCCUGCCCGAAUCUUGACGCUUUGAUGAACAAAAAACGUGAAAAAAAUCAACAAAAAACCACAAAAACACAAAAAAACUUUGAACCAUACUUGAAGUACGUAAGCAAAUUGGAUAAAUAUGGGAGAUGAAACCGUUUGACAAAAAAAAAAAUUGUAUGUCACCUUGGUAUAUGUAUAAGGAGAUAAGGAGUGAAGAGAAUAGCGUAAUGAUUAUUUUUGUAACCGAGAAUCAUUGAAUUGUUUUUUUUUUUAUUUUUUUUUUUCUUCUCAUACGCACUUUUCGCGGAGUUGCGUUAGGUUAAGGAAAUAAUUGUUACUAUUUUCAGUUUGUAUCUUAUAGAGUCUAGAAUAAUUAUUUUUUUUUCGACUUUUUUUUUCUUCUAACACGAUGCUCAAUUGAUCCACGGUGAAUAUCUCGCGUUCAAAUGCAUGUUGCGACGGUCAAUAUUCUCCUCUAUUUUUUUUAUAAUUAUCCUUUCCUUUAUUUUUUUUUUUUUUAUAAUCAAUCAUUUGAUGCCAACGUCACUUGGCGUUAUAUUUUUUUUUUUGUUUUUUUUUGUAUAAUGCAUGUACGCGUCAAAUGUCAUUAAUUAGAUUAGACGGCGAGAAAGAAAAAGAAAAAUAUAUAUAUAUUAGCAAGAUCCUUAAUUUAGGUAAAACGAAUUAAUUAAAGUUUAGGGAGGCUUUAGACUUGAAGAUGGGCGCGGGAGUACCGUUGGCAAACUACAUUCAGCGUUGUUCGAAACUUAGCGAAAGAUAUUUAAUUCAGACUAAGCUCGAAAAUAUAAUUGAAUGAAUUUUGGAGAGUUUUCCUUCUAAAACGAAAUCAUAAACUUUUCGUGUACUUCUUGUUUCGAUUAAAAUAGAGAAAAAAAUCUAAAAUAGCGAACCGGAGGAAAGAUUCUUGUCGGUCGUAUUGCAGCUUCGAAGCAAAAGUGAACGGUGCAAAAUGAUCGAUUCAAAGGUGGAAACUAACUGAUGAUUUUUUGUAAAAUGGAAUUAUUUUUUUUCACUGCUAUAAAUUUCCGUUAUAUGUGUUUUCUUAAAUCCGAUGCAUUAUUGUAUGCAUAACAUACAUAUGUUGAUCUAAUACGAACUAUACCUAUAUAAUUAUGCUAUAUAAUGAAUUAAAAUAUGAUAGAGAUGAAAAAUAUGAACCUAGACACGAAUAAUAUUUCUUAAAAUUAAAGAACUUAUUUUCUAACAGUACAAUUAGUGUCAUUUUGACGCUUCAUGUAUAUGGGUAUGUGCUAAACGGGCAGCCAAGACUGAGCUUUCUGCAGAGCGCUUAACACUGACUGAAGUGGACUAGAUCUUCCUGUGAAAAAAAAAUUCAUUUGUCUUCGAUCGUAACGAAAGAUAUGUGUUUUUUUACUUGACAUUUUUGUUCUCCCUCUCUAAAUUUCGCCUUUCGCUAGACACCGACUAUUUACAGGUAAUAAAAAUAUUAAAGUCCAAGUCUGAGAAUAUUUCAUGACUACAUCAUAUACAUAUAUAGCAGUAAAUAUUAAAAAUGUCCAAUAGAAUCGGAAUAACUUUUCCAAAUUUCAUUUCUGAUUUACGCUGGCGUCGAUCGAAUUUUUUAAAAAGACAGAAUAUCUUUUUUUCCUCUUUUAUACCGUCGCUUACGACGUCCAUCCCGAUGUCCAAUAAUAUUUGAUUCAUUUAACUAAGAUCAAAGAUCGGACCAAUUGCGAUUUAGAUUUCUUUAUAUUUUAUCUACCGUUUAGAACAUUUAUGAACUUUGUUUUGAACAAUCCAAUAAUGAAGCAUGAAUGUUUUCGAGUUUUACAAAGUAACAAAGUAUUUAUUAAUUGAAGAAUGUCGCUGAAUGUACGCCGCUGAACGGACGUAAACUUGAAUUUAAGAGAAAUUGAAUAAAUGAAUUGAAAAACAACUAAAAAACAAUUAUAAUAAAAUAUAUGAGUGAAAAUUUGAAAAAAAAAA